CUUCCCAACUUUACGACAAUCACUAUGGCGGCUGCCGGUGGUGGGUUUGAAAGUGCGAGGGUCGUCGACGAGCGUAAAGAACAGACUUGGAUUUCCAGGACCGAGGUGUUGGGACAGGCUAAAGCCAAUUUUGAAAAGGAAGAAAGGCGUAAAGAACUUAAACGACUUUGGGGUAAGGAAACAUGGAUGCUACCUGAUGUGAAUAAGCGACUUGAACAAAUCUCACAGGAACACUCUGUGAAGAAAAAGAAGAAAAAAGACAAACAUUCAAGAAAAGUAAAAAAAGAGAAGAAAAAAAAGAACAAGAAACAAAAGUGUGAAAAAAACAAUGAGUCAACUGACAGUUCAUCAAGCUCUGAAGAUGAGUGGGUUGAGGCUGUUUCCUCCCACACUUCUGGCAAGGAAAAGGCCUGGAAGGUGAAAGAUGAAAAGUCAGAAAAAGAAGACAACGAAGUUAUUCAGAGGGAUGAAUGGAUGACUGUUGAUUUUAUGUCUGUUAAAACUGUGUCAUCAUUAUCACUCAAAGCUGAAAAGGAAACUAUAAGGAAAAUAGAGCAAGAGAAAACCCAAGCACUUGAACAGUUCAGACUGCUGGAAAGAGAAUUGAACCCAUACUGGAAGGAUGGUGGGACAGGUCUUCCACCAGAAGACUGUAAUGUGUCAUCAGUUACUAAAGUAGUAGAAGAUGGUGGUUUAAGCUGGCUAAGGAAGUCUUACCAAAGAAUGAAGGAACAAGCUGAGAAACAAAAUAGAAAUUUAGAAGACAUUGUAGCUGAAAGAUAUGGGUCAAUGGAAAUCUUCCAGUUGAAAUUAAAAGAAGCUGAGAAAACUGCGUUUAUGAAAGAAGACUGUAGACGAGAACGGUGGAGGAAACCAGCAUACUCAGAGAGAGCACAAAGUAGUCAGGAAAGUAGAAAAUCAGACUUGGUAAAAUAUAAUAAAAGUUCAAGAGAUAGAUAUAAUACAACAGAUAUUGCAAAGAAUAUCAAUAAAGAUAAGUUUAGUGGUGAUGAAAAAGAUAGUAGAUCUGGGUCUUUAGAAGCAUGUAGAAGAGAAUUGAGUCCAAAACAAAAUCAAGAGUUUUCUUCUCAUAUAAAUUUGAGACCUAAAUUCUUAAGACCCUCUGAUGCAGAACUGUCAUUUCAUAGCAAGGACAGAAAUUUUGAACCAUCUAGUUCAUCUUCAGCACUGGUCUCUCAGGAUUCUGUACAUUGUGGUUUUCAAAAAUCCACAGAGAACAGUGAGGAAAGUUUAUCAUGGUGGAGUCGAUCUGAUGAGAGAGAAGGAGACAGGAAACAUUCAAAUCGAAAACCAUUAGAAACCAGUCACAGUGUUGACCGUGGACAAGUUUCAGAAGACGUGAGAGAAAAAUCACAGGGUGAAAGCUUGAGAGAGGACUUUCUGAAAAAAGAACACCUACAGGAUACAAAGUCUUCGCUUGCUGGGAGUAGUCCAGUGGAUGACUCUAUCCACAUCUUGAGUGUUGAUGAGAAGAACAAGUUGGGAGCCAAGAUUAUCAAGGCAGAGAUGAUGGGAAAUAUGGAAUUAGCUGAACAACUUAAAGCCCAACUUGACAAGGCAAAUAAAUUUGAAGACAGCAUAACACAGAUAUCAUCAAAAAAAUCUGGGGUAGAGAAUGAAGAUCAGGAAGAAGUGAUCCUUGUCAGAACAGAUCAUUCUGGAAGAGUCUGGCCUGUGAACACACCACGAAAACAUCUGGAAUCUAAAGGAGGAAGAAGGAAGAGACUGAUUGUUUCAACCUAUGAGGAAAAAGAAAGGGUCAGAUACUUUCAUGAUGAUGAUACUCUAAGCCUAAGUGACUUAGUCAAGAACGAAAAGAUGGGAACAGCAGAAAAUCAAAACAAACAUUUUAUGAAAAUGACAUCUAAGUUUAUGGGAAAAACAGAUGGAGACUAUUACACUCUGGAUGACAUGUUUGUCUCCAGAGCAGCUGAGAGAGAAUGUUUUGGUGAAGAGGAAGAGAAUCAGAGGAAAAAAGCUAUUGCUGAGCACCGGAGACUUGCUGCACUAAUGGAAAACUGUCUGUAUUGUUUUGACAGCUCUCAAUUUCCCAAGCACCUUAUUGUUGCAAUAGGUGUUAAGGUUUAUUUAUGCUUACCCAACUUACGAUCUCUUACUGAAGGGCACUGCUUGAUAGUCCCUUUGCAGCACUAUAGAGCAGCUACCUUAUUGGAUGAAGACAUCUGGGAGGAAAUUCAGAUGUUUAGAAAAUCAUUGGUAAAGAUGUUUGAAGAUAAAGGAUUGGACUGUAUCUUUUUAGAAACGAAUAUGAGCAUGAAGAAACAGUAUCAUAUGGUUUAUGAAUGCAUUCCUCUCCCAAAGGAAGUGGGUGAUAUGGCUCCCAUCUAUUUUAAGAAAGCCAUAAUGGAAACUGAUGAAGAAUGGUCUAUGAACAAGAAAUUAAUUGAUCUCUCUUCAAAAGAUAUCAGAAAGUCUGUACCCAGAGGCUUACCUUACUUCUCUGUGAAUUUUGGCCUCCAGGGAGGGUUUGCCCAUGUCAUUGAAGAUCAACACAAAUUCCCUCAUUACUUUGGAAAGGAAAUCAUUGGUGGGAUGCUGGAUGUAGAACCAAGACUUUGGAGGAAAGGGAUCCGAGAAAGCUUUGAGGAUCAGAGGAAGAAAGUACUGCAGUUUGCUCAGUGGUGGAAACCAUUUGACUUCACCAAAAAUAAAAAAUGUUGAGACAUACCUUUCAUUUUUUAUUUCCUCUUCAUAUUUCUUUCAGUUUUAUUUCCAUUGCAUCUAACUAAACAACUGAUCAUCAGGUAAUAGGAAGAGAAUCAUGAUCUGGGUUUAAUGACAACUGCAUCAUUGGAUUGUGUCGGUUUCCUUCCCCACCUGCUCCUGUGGACUUCAUUGUAGUAACUGUGGAGCAAGACCAGUUAUGUCAUGUGACCUGUUCAUGUCCUGUUCUGUACCUCUGUCUUGGUAUUCUGAACUAUUUAUAUUAACAUAUAGAAAGACUUUUCUGAAGGAUUAUCUAGGAAGUAUAGCAAAUCAUUGCUUCAGAGGGAAGCGGGUCUGCUUCAAGUUUGAGUCUGCUGACUAGCUUCUUUUGCAUUUUUUAAACUAAGAGUUGGCAUAUUUAGUAAUAAUUGAAAUUUCUUUUCACAGCAUUUUAUAGAAGCUCUUAAUUUUCUACCAAUAGCAUAUAUAUUACUACUAUUCUUUUUAUUAAAGGAAUAAAGAAUGUCCCAAAAGUAAUUAAGAAUUAAAUAAGGUAUAUAACAUGUUCAUGAUUUGUUUUUAUUUCUGUAUUUUUAAAUAGUGUCUUUGAAUUUUGGUGAUUUUAAAAGUAAUUGUUCCAAAAAUUACAGUUUACAGUUGUUUGGGGUUUGUAUGAAAGUUAAAAAUUUUAGCCAAAUCAUCAUUUUGAGGUUGUAUUGAUUAUUACAAAAUCUUAAGUAAUGUGAGUAUGUUUAGUGUCAGGAACACAUUCUGUUGUCCCAUAUGAUCUAAGGUUCUUCAUUUUCCUGUAUUCUUACACUUGGUGUGAAGAGAAAAACCCUAUACAUAUAAAAUAUGGCCAUGGUCUCUAAGAGUGUUCCUACUUUAUUUUUUAUAUGGAAGAUAUUUUUGUAGUAACCCUUUUUCAAAGAUGUUGAUUUUUUUGGAGCGGAACCUUGACGUUUUGUCAUGAAAUGUUGAAUAUUUAGAAUCAAUGUGACAUGUACUCUAGAGUAACUCCUAACUCGACGUAGUUAUUUUUAAUAUUGACAUCUCAUUUCUUUAGUAUCUUGAAAAAAGAGAAAUGUUUAUGUUCUAUCUGAAGUUUUAAAAUUUUAAUAAAAGUUGGAAGUUUAAUGGUU